AUGGACGCCAUACUCUCAGAAUCAUACGGCAAGAUUGUAACUCCUGUCGACUAUCCUCAGGCGAUGAGUUGGAAUAAUGGUGCGAUGAUGUGCGAUGUAAUGCCAACGAUCAGCGAAGAUGGUGUCGACAACGUUACGACAAACGAUGAGCACACACAUGACGCCAACAUUGAGCAGCUCAUGGUUAACAUGCUCGAAGAUCGCGACAAAUUACAAGAACAACUGGAACAGUACAAACGUCAAGUGGAAGAGAGCAAUCAACGAGUUCGAGAUCUCGAGAAAGAAAAGGAAAGUCUUCGACGCCAAUUCGAAAUGCACACACAACAUUUACCGAAUGAACUGCAAUCAAUGACAAAAGAGCUUGUGCAGAUCCGUGAGCAGUUACUAGAAAAAGAUGAAGAAAUCGUCGAACUCAAGGCCGAACGAAAUAACACCAGAUUGUUACUAGAACAUCUGGAGUGCCUUGUCUCUAGGCACGAGAGGUCAUUACGAGUUACCGUGAUGAAACGACAAGCUCAAAGCCCGGCAGGGGUUUCUUCGGAAGUAGAGGUUUUAAAAGCUUUAAAGAGUUUGUUCGAACAUCACAAGGCUUUAGAUGAAAAGGUUAGGGAACGCUUACGAGUCGCUAUGGAACGAGUAGCAACAUUAGAAGAAGAACUCACCUCAAAGGGAGAAGAGAAUUCAGGACUCAAAGCGCGACUCGCCAUGGUCGCCGCCGAAGCUGAAGAAGCUCAGGCCAAAGGCCAGAAGACGAAUGGCGCAUUGAGUAGCGAAUCGGCUGCACGCCUUGUCGAAAUGCAAGAAGCCUGUGAACGAAUGAAAGUUGAACUGACAAACAGCCUCAAGCAAGUUCAAGAACUCAGUGCGAGGAAUUCUGAAUUGGAAGCACAAUUAUCAUCUGCUCAAAAAGACACACAUACAUGCCAGGAACAAUUGACGAAAGUGAAGAAUCAACUACAUGAGGCUGAAGCACAACGUAACGAUCAGGAGGCUCGAAUUUCGACACUGGAAAGCCGUUUCCUAUCGGCACAAAGGGAGGCGACGUGCAUUCGUGAUUUGAACGAUAAAUUAGAACAUCAGUUGGCCAAUAAAGAUGCAGCUGUGCGAUUAAAUGAGGAGAAAGUGCGUUCAUUACAAGAACGGCUGGAACUCGCUGAAAAGCAACUUGCUCAAAGUCUUAAAAAAGCGGAAUCAUUGCCAUCGGUUGAGGCCGAGUUGCAACAACGUAUGGAAGCAUUGACUGCUGCUGAACAGAAGCAACUAUCUGCUGAGGAACGAGUUCAACGAUUAGAGCGACAAGCCCUCGAAUCAUCAGCUGAACUGGAAAGAGCCUUUCAAAGGGAGAAGAUGAAUGAGGAGCAUAGCCAACGAUUAAGUAGCACUGUUGAUAAGCUUCUAUCGGAAUCGAAUGAUCGAUUACAAUUACAUUUAAAAGAACGUAUGCAAGCUUUGGAUGAUAAGAAUCGUCUCACGCAACAGUUAGAGAAUACGAAGAAGAUCUACGAUCAGGCGGAAAGAACAAAAGAGCGCCUCCAGCGUGAUAACGAUGCUCUUCGACAGGAAAUUGAAGCACUUCGUCAGCAGUUGUACAACGCUAGGACUGCACAGUUUCAUUCCAGGAUGCAUGCCGUGCUACCACCACCGCUUCCACUUGUUAUACCGAAUGGAAUCACAGCACCAUCUCCACAAACUGUUGUAUCACAACCAUUUCCACAAAGUUCUUACGCUAAUUCUACACCACCUGGUUAUGCUACCGUAGGAAUUCGUCGACCUAAUAAAGGCAGAAUUGCAGCUUUACAGGAAGAUCCUACUAAGGUUCAAACUCUCAACGAGCAAGAAUGGGAUCGUCUACAGCAGGCACAUGUUCUUGCCAAUGUACAGCAGGCAUUCUCAUCUUCUCCAUCAAUGUUGGACAUGGGAAGUGGUACCACAUUGCAGCGAGGUGCAGGUCCGAAACAAUCCUCACAACAACCGGAUCUCCUCAUGAACACUAUGCCUCAGCAGGGUACACAAGAUGCACAUGUGCUUGCCUCAAUGCUUCAGGAACGUUUGGAUGCGAUUAAUUCAGAAAUUCGCAUGAUUCAAGAAGAAAAACAUCAUGCAGAAAGAGCAGCUGAACAUCUUGAGUCUCGAGCAAGAAACGAGUACAUUGAGGAUCAUCUCAGUGCUCGUAGUACUCCUCGAAAUAGUCCCCAACACGAUUUCCUCAUCAACAAAUACAAUACUUUGCCUGCGAACGCAUCAACUUCACAUAUGACGAGGGACAUGGAUGUCUACGGUCAUCCGAUUGUUGACGAUUCUAUGGUGGGCGAUUUGGAUUAUACGCCAAGAAGACGUCAGCUUCGACUUGACCAUGUUCAACAGCAACUCCAGGGUCGUUUUGAUGAGACGGAUCGAAUGAGUCCAGCUUCGUCAGUAGCAUCGUCCACUGACGGAUUUCCGACGAAAAAGAAACGAUCCUCGAGUUCUGGCGGUCUUAAGACGUUAGGACGGUUGUUUAAUAAGAAAAAAUCACAAAGUGAUGCGUAUAGAAGAGAUGCGGGUGCUUACUCGGAUAGUGAAAUUUCCUCUGGAAACGAUGGUUCCGGUCGAAAUAGCGAUUUCGAUAGGCGAAAAAAGAAAAAGCACGAGUUAUUAGAAGAAGCGAUGAAAGCUCGAACACCGUUUGCAUUGUGGAAUGGACCAACUGUUGUGGCAUGGUUGGAACUAUGGGUAGGAAUGCCAGCUUGGUACGUGGCUGCUUGCCGAGCAAAUGUAAAGUCUGGUGCAAUAAUGUCUGCAUUGAGCGACCAAGAAAUCCAACGAGAAAUCGGAAUUAGCAAUCCACUUCAUAGAUUAAAGCUACGGCUUGCUAUCCAGGAAAUGGUCUCGUUAACAUCACCAUCUGCUCCACGAUGUGCUCGGAUGACUUUAGCUUUUGGAGAUAUGAAUCAUGAGUGGAUAGGGAAUGAAUGGUUGCCAAGUUUAGGCCUUGGGCAAUAUAGAUCCGCAUUUAUGGAAUGCUUAUUGGAUGCACGAAUGUUGGAACAUCUGUCAAAACGUGAUCUAAGGACACAUUUACGUAUGGUGGAUAAUUUCCACAGGGCCAGCUUACAGUACGGUAUUAUGUGUUUGAAAAAGUUGAACUACGAUCGGAAGACUCUGCAAGACAGGCGACGAGCAUGUGAAAGUGUGAAUCGAGAUCUACUGGUUUGGUCAAACGAACGAGUACAACGAUGGGUGGAAGAGAUAGGACUCGGAGCAUAUGCUAGUAAUCUCACCGAUAGUGGUGUACAUGGUGCUCUUAUUGCUCAAGAUGACACAUUUGACUCACAAGCUUUCGCCCUCUCACUCCAAAUGAGUCCACAAGAUCAACACGGUCGACAGGUUCUCGAGAAGCACUUUGCGGUUCUAGUUUCGGAAUACCGUACACCGGCCCAACUUCGUCAUCCGCGCGACGCUAAAAAAAAGCGUCGAAGUGCGCACAGAAGCCCGGCACCUAGGGAGUAA